GUACCUAUUAUAUUGGUGCUUGGAAGCAUUGGAUCCUGUAUUGCAUGUGGUAGAGCCGAGUACAGAAUAGGGGAUGAAUGUUGUCCCAUGUGUUCACCAGGUAAAGACCCUCUCUUUACAUCAUCAUCAUAGGUUAAUAAUUGAUCAACACCAAUAGAAAUUCCAUACAUUGUGAUUCUCUCUUCUGCAGGAAAUCGUGUAUAUGAGCAUUGUACUGAAUUCACCAGCACCAGCUGUGUGCCCUGUGUUGAUUCUACAUUCCUUGAUGAGCCCAAUGGUCUCAUGAAAUGUGCACCAUGUUCCAGCUGUGAUUCAGGUGAGAGUUGUCCUGUAUUUAUACAAUAGCCAGACUUUAAUACUGAGGUAAUGUGCUACAGGCUAUAUCAGAUGUGAUUUAUGAUUGACAUUUGACUGGCUUAAUAUGUUUUCUUAAGAUAAUGAAUGCAAUGUGUUCUUCAUAGGUUUGGGUUUGAGGGUAAAACAGCCAUGCAAACCAGAAUCAGAUGAUUUUUGCGGGCCACUGGAGCGGUUCUUUUGUCUGCUCUCUGACAAAGAUGGUUGUAGAAUAGCCCAGAAACACAGCAGCUGUAAACCUGGUCAAUACAUCCGUCACACAGGUUGGUCUCCUCUCAAGUAUUCAACAUGAUUUUGUCAUGAUUUCUAGUGUGCCAAGUUACUCUACUGAAUUAAAAGUAGCUGAUCGUUUGAUUGAUUGAUUGAAAUCAUUAGAGAAUUAAAAAUAAAUCAAGAAGAGUACAUGGGGAAAGUUUAAGUACGAUGUUUACAAGUUUGUUUUGGGAUGUCUUGUUUUUUAAUAAUGUAAACGUAUGUUUAAACCUCCAUUUGUGCAGGAACAACAUCUACAGAUACUGUGUGUUCUGACUGUACUGGUGAUACUUAUUCAGAUGGAUCAUUAACAGCCUGCCAGUCACACACAGAGUAAGUGUGGCUUACACAAAUAGUUUUUACCCUAAAUACAAAGUUACCUAACACACAUCUAAAACUGAAAGAUGUAUGACCAAGUUAUAAAUGAAUCAUUAAUGGCCAGUAUUUAUCUGUUUAUAGAUGUGAAUCCUUGGGACUUCAGGAAAUGAAACCAGGAUCCCCUUGGUCGGAUUCAGAGUGUGGACCACAACUAUCCCAUUCAACAGCUAGAAGCAGUGCUGUGGCAUCCAUGACAGUGAUAUUAGCUGGAGCUGUUUACAUUUUAGUCAUUUAGCAGACACUCUUAUCCAGAGUGACUUACAGUAGUGAGUGCAUACAUUUUCAUUAAUACUGGUCCCCCAUGGGAAUUGAACCAACAACCUUGGCAUUGCAAACACCAUGCGCUACCAACUGAGCUACACUGGACAUAGUUUUAAUAAUAGUGAAAAAAAGAAAAAACUCAGAUUCAUUUUAGGAAUUGUAUCUGUUUCUAUUGCAUCUGUAAAUUAUUGUUAAGUGUGUGUAUGAAUUCUUUUUUAGUGUUUGUGUGUGUGCGUACGUGUGUGAGAGUGAGUGAGUGAGUCAGAGAGAGGACCACUGGGCGGCAGGUAGCCUAGCGGUUAACAGCGUUAGGCCAGUAACUGAAAGGUCGCCCGUUUGAAUGCCUCAGCCGACUAGCUGACUAAGGUUGCUGUUUGGAAUCCCUAAGCAGACUAGGUGGAAGAAAAAAAAUUAUGUUGAUCUGCCCUUCAGCAAGGCACUUAACCCUAAGAGCUUCUGCUAAAUUAUUUAAAUGUACAUUUUCUUCAUGAAACAGAAACUGAACUGGGAACAAAAGUGAUGUCUAGUCUUCUGGAACAUAACUGUUAUUUACAAAUCUUGAAAACCGGUUUAUAUAAUGUUAUUUUAAGUUCCAAAAAUAUUCCUAAUGUCUUGUAUAUAAUUAUGUAAUUCAGUGAAGUUCUGAUGCUAGUAAUAGCCUAAACACAUUCCAAUUCACACCAUGAUGUUCAGUGCUUCAAGCCAUGCGCCCUCCAUGUCCACCCUCCACUCUCGCUCUCUCCCCACCCGUAAAAUGUCAGUCGCAUCUCGCAGCCUGCACUAAUCUGGGAGCUGAGUUUGAAAGUGUACCAUUGAAAACGUGCAAUAUCAUAAAUGAUCACCAUCCACUGUACUCAGAUGAAGUGUCUGGAGAACUGGAGCGUGAAGAUAUCCACAGCACCGUGGAUAAAAUGAAUUGCAAGCACUUCCACUUGAAUUUGGACUAAUCCAAUGUGGAUUUAUCAGGAGUUGGCUGUAUUCAGCCAACGUUACUGGGAUCUGUGAUCUUGAUUCACCUGUUAUUUAAAAAUCAAAUGUGAUAUGAACAGUCUUUACUUGUGCCUUUUAACAAAACUGGUUUGAUGAUUGCUUGAAUUAAAAUUCUAUGUAAAUUCUAUUUAAAUGAUCUGAUACAUUUUACAUGACUUGUUGUUUUUCUGUACAGUAAUUUGUAUUGGCACAAAACACUUGUACAUUUGUUAAUAUUGUGAAAAUAAUCAACAUACAUUCAGCAAGUGUACCUUAUUUUGUAAAAAAAAAAAAAGUUUGCUAAAUAAAACAAAAUACCUAGGCCACUAGUGAAUUGAUUCCAGUAGUAGCCUAAAUUAAUUGACAUGUCAUUCCACAAGAUGGCGGACAAGUGUAACAGUUACAGUCACACUCAAGGAUAUCCCUUCCAGUUGCAGCUGUCAGGAGUUCCUCCACUGUGUGUGACAUUAGAUCUUCUUCUGUGGUGUUGGAGCUGCUGCUUUCUCUCAUUAGAUCUUCUUCGGUGGUGUUGGAGCUGCUUUUUUUCUCUCAUUAGAUCUUCUUAAUAUAAUAAUAAUAUGCCAUUUAGCAGACGCUUUUAUCCAAAGCAACUUACAGUCAUGCGUGCAUACAUUUUUGUGUAUGGGUGGUCCCGGGGAUCGAACCCACUACCUUGGCGUUACAAGCGCCGUGCUCUACCAGCUGAGCUACAGAGGACCACAUUUUUCUUCUGUGGUGUUAGAGCUGCUGCUUGCUUUCAUUAGAUCUUCUUCUGUGGUGAUGGAGCUGCUGCUUUCACAGCCUUGAUGAUCUUCAAUCUCACCUUUCAUGCUGGAAGACAUGGAACCAGGUUUAUUAUGACUUAAUAAACAAACCGAUAAUGAAUAGUUUAUCUACUUAGAAACUCUUCAUAAAUCCUUCAUUAAGUAUGCCUUCCUAUUAAUGCCUUACAUCAUUGCUAUAUAAAUGUUUGUGGUCAGAUCCUUAAAAAGGUAGGUGCUGGGCUAAUAAAGUAUACAUAAAAACAGGUAUAAAACAUUGUGAUUAAAGGUGGUAAUUCGAUACAGACAGUGUGCAGGCCUUUCUGCUGUUUUCAAACUACAUCAGUGCAUACUAUGUAUAAACGUAUAGUUAACAUUAUUGCAUCACUGGUUACAACAUCAUUGGUUACACUCAUGGUGGACCGAUAAUACAUGAAUAAGGAUGAACCUCUGAAUGGAGGAGAGGAGGUCAGUCAUACCCUGUUGGUCUUUCCCGAUGACUUAAUGUCCAAUGGCCGAUGAACACCAAUACCUUUUAUCUAUAAUUUAUAUGACAAGGAUUGAAAAGGAUUUGCCAGUAGAUUGUUGACGGGAUUCAUGAUGAUGACUGCUUGUCUAGCUUGCUAGCUAAGAUUUUGAAAGUAACAUGUCCAAUCAAAGCUACGGUAGAUAUAAGUGAUUUUACGUAAUUUUAUAUGUGGCCAAUGACCUUGAGCCUUCUUGGAUGGGCACUCUAAUGUAAAUCUAUGGCAGCACCCAAGGGGGCUUGAACUGCCUAGCUCUCCCUGUAGAUUCUGCGGUGACAUUUUGUCCCAAUGAGUGACAGAACAUUGAGCCAAUCAUGGUGCAACUAGAGAAGAUUACCAACACCUACACUCUGUAUAUUCCGCUGGCUGCCCCUCCACCACAGAAAGCACUGAGCUAGACUGAAACACCUGCAUUUUGGAGCUGCCUUACUCAAGAAAGAGAGCAUGUUUGUAUGCUGCUUUAUUAACUCAAUAUAUUUUUUUUUACAUUGUUUGCAAACGGAUACGUGACAUGAAUUGAUGCCAAAAUAACAUGCAAAACAGGCAAACCCCCCCGACACCCCCCCCACACCUGUUUUGGGGCUCAAAACAGGUCCUACUGCCUGUAUAAAAUGGUCCUACAUAAUUACAUUUAUUUGAAAUGAGAAUAUUUUGUUUGAAUUGUGCUAACUAGUUCUGUAAGUUAUAUACAUCCACAUCAGUUUUGAAUUUGGGAAUUUGUUAACAUUUUCUCUACUUCCAGGUACCUAUUAUAUUGGUGCUUGGAAGCAUUGGAUCCUGUAUUGCAUGUGGUAGAGCCGAGUACAGAAUAGGGGAUGAAUGUUGUCCCAUGUGUUCACCAGGUAAGACCCUCUCUUUACAUCAUCAUCAUAGGUUAAUAAUUGAUCAACACCAAUAGAAAUUCCAUACAUUGUGAUUCUCUCUUCUGCAGGAAAUCGUGUAUAUGAGCAUUGUACUGAAUUCACCAGCACCAGCUGUGUGCCCUGUGUUGAUUCUACAUUCCUUGAUGAGCCCAAUGGUCUCAUGAAAUGUGCACCAUGUUCCAGCUGUGAUUCAGGUGAGAGUUGUCCUGUAUUUAUACAAUAGCCAGACUUUAAUACUGAGGUAAUGUGCUACAGGCUAUAUCAGAUGUGAUUUAUGAUUGACAUUUGACUGGCUUAAUAUGUUUUCUUAAGAUAAUGAAUGCAAUGUGUUCUUCAUAGGUUUGGGUUUGAGGGUAAAACAGCCAUGCAAACCAGAAUCAGAUGAUUUUUGCGGGCCACUGGAGCGGUUCUUUUGUCUGCUCUCUGACAAAGAUGGUUGUAGAAUAGCCCAGAAACACAGCAGCUGUAAACCUGGUCAAUACAUCCGUCACACA